AUGCAUUUCUACAUUCUCGGAGGAAACGGCCGUUCUGGCCAGCUGGUCAUUGACGAUGCGCUGCAAAGAGGACAUACCGUAACUGCUCUCGUCCGUAAUCCCGGUUCACUUCAGCCACGAAAAGGCCUUACUGUCGCCAAAGGAACCCCAUUGUCCAAAGAAGAUAUCGAGGCCUCAUUCUUAGUGCCUACACGUCCUGACGCCGUCAUUGUCACUUUGAACUCAGCACGCGCCUCGGACAGCCCUUUCGCAGUAUCCAUUGCCCCACGCCGCAUGAUGGCAGACUCGCACGUCAAUGUCACCGCCGUGAUGCAGCAGCAUGGCGUAUCCAAAAUUGUCACCAUGUCGGCCUUUGGCGUGGCAGACUCGGAUCCUAACGUCUUCUGUGCUAUCCGUGCAGUUCUUCGCAAAACGAACAUGAAAUUCCAGUUUGAGGACCACGACUUUGUGGAUGAGGAAAUGAAGCAGAGCGGAGCAAACUUCGUUCUUGUGCGGCCAGCCAUGCUGACCGAGGGUGAAGAUUUGCCAGUACAGGUUUUCGGAAACAGUGGCGAAGGAGCUGGUUGGAUUCCAAAGAUUUCAAGGAAGAGUGUUGCACAUUUCAUUCUUGAUGCCUGCGAGACUGGUACAUGGGAUCGCCAGACGCCUGUCAUCGCUAAUUAA